UACCUAUCUAGCCAGAUAGCUUUCAAUCGAAUAACAAAAAUAGUCUUAUGAGAUGGCUUACUUUCACUUUGACAUAAAGUAAAUGACAAUUUCCCUCUGACCUCAAUAGGAAUUUUAGUACCUUAAGUCUAAUAGGGAUAAUUAGGCGAUUCAUCUUAAAAGCCGAAGAAUGACACAACGAAGUUAGUUCAAGUUCAGUACUCACGGCUGACAGUUGUGCGGAGUGAAGAUGUCACCAUAUUUAUUACUUUUUGCCCUGUGUGUCCUUCUACUCAAUGGAAUUUGUGCAGAGGAUAAAGUAGACGAUGCUGAAGUUGACAAAUCGAUCAUUCCCACUGGGCCUGCUUAUAUCAACAAUGAAAAGAGAACUCUGUUUGCCAUGUCAGUAAUGGGCUGGAUGUCUUACAUAUUUAAAAACGUUUAUAAACCGGUCAGACGCGUUUACGUUAAAUUCCAGCCAGAGAUAGUAUUUGUUAAGUGUCUUUUAAAUCCUCGUAUGAGACUCGAACAGUUCAAGCAGGAAAUUUUCAAAGGCAAUAGGAACAACUUAUUUUCUGAUGCCCAGCAGAACUAUGAAGAUUAUUAUAUGAGGGAAACGCCAAGUAAUAGCUACACGUAUAACACUAAUUAUCCAAUGACUAGUGAUUACAACGCGGGCAUGUCGAGGCUCAUUACAUCAGCAUACAACACAUGGAUUGAAAUGGCAGAUAAACUCAAAAAAAGAGAAGGAAUGUGGUGUAUCAUAGAUUACUGUAAAAGAAGAUUUUUUAGAUGGCUGGACGAAUAG